AGAAAAUCAGAAAACCAGUGAAUUUUGAUUAUUAUAAAAAAUAUAUAUAUAAGUUUUUAAUUAUAAAAAAGCUCAGCGUUGUAUUCAAAUGUAGGCCAUGGGCUGUGUUCCUUCUCGUCCUCUCCGGCGAUUCUCCGCCGGAGCCAGCGGCGGAGGUGCCGCCGCCGUCGCCUCCAAGAACCCCGAUGAAGCCCUUAGCCACUCCUUCCGAUACUCCCGAUCAUCCUCCAUCUCCGGCGAGACCGCCUUCAAGUCGAUCACCGGCGCAGCCCUCUCUGCCAACUCCUCCGCACCUCUCCCAUCGCUCCCCUUCCGAUCCUUCUCCUCCUCUUCGUCGUCAUCAUCGGCCCUCUUCCUCUCUGGCCCUCUUGACUCCUCCGGCCCGGCGAGAGCCCGCAAACCCUCGUUUCUCCGGCGUAGCCUCUCCGAGAAGAACCGGCCGUGGGUCGUGCCGAUGCGAAGCUUCCGCCGGCCCGAUCUUGAUCUUGAUCUCGCUGGCCGGAGCGUCCAGUGGGCACAUGGCAAGGCCGGCGAGGAUCGGGUCCAUGUCGUCGUCUCCGAGGACCCUCGUUGGCUCUUCGUCGGUAUCUACGAUGGAUUCAACGGCCCCGAUGCACCGGAGUUCCUCGUUUCCCGCCUCUACCCUUCGCUCCUCCUCCACCUUCAGGGCCUCUUCUGGAUUGAUGACGAUGAUGAUCGGAGGCCGCUUUGGGAGUUUCUUGAAUCCCAGGACAGUGAUACGGAGUUCGAUCUCUCUGGACCGGGGCGGUUCGCAUUCUCACUCUCAAAAUUGCGGUCAGGGCUCGGGAAGAUGAAGGUGCCAGCGAGGUGGAGGGUUGCAAGAGAAGAGAAGGAGAAGUGCGAAAGUGUUCUUCGGCGGCGGCGGCGGCGGCGGCGGGGCGCGGGUCCGGUGGCUGAUCAUGGACUGGUUCUGAGAGCGCUCUCGCGAGCAUUGGAAGCCACGGAGAUGGAAUACUUAGAGAUGACAGAUAGAGCCAUGGCUUCCAAUCCAGAGCUCGCGCUCACUGGUUCAUGCUUGCUGGUGGUUCUUGUCAGGGACGAUGAUGUUUAUGUUAUGAAUCUUGGCGAUAGCCGUGCCAUCGUCGCGCAGCGCAAGGUUCCGGCGAUUGACGAUGGUGUAGCUCCGGCGGUGGAACUGGUGGCACUGCAGCUUUCCAUGGAUCAUAGUACCAGCAUCGAACAAGAGGUUCUGAGGAUCAAAGAGGAACAUCCAGAUGAUGACCGGUGCAUUGUAAAUCACAGAGUGAAGGGCCGGCUCAAGGUCACCAGAGCAUUUGGUGCUGGAUUUCUCAAACAGGCCAAAUGGAAUGAUGGAUUACUGGAAAUGUUUCGGAACGAGUACAUUGGAAGUGCACCAUACAUCUCAUCUGAACCUUUUCUGUGUCACCACAAGCUGGGUCCAGAUGAUCAGUUUCUGGUCCUCUCUUCUGAUGGACUCUAUCAGUACCUGAGCAAUGAGGAAGUGGUUUCACAUGUGGAACAUUUUAUGGAAAAUUUCCCAGAUGGGGACCCCGCUCAGAGCUUGAUUGAAGUGCUUCUUUCCAGAGCCGCAAAGAAAGCUGGGAUGGAAUUAUGUGAAUUGUUGGAAAUACCGAAAGGAGACCGAAGAAAGUACCAUGACGAUGUAACUGUAAUGAUCAUAUCACUCGAAGGAAGGAUAUGGAAGUCUUCCGGAAAAUGCAUAUGAUUUGCAGUGCCAUUGCACAAUUUCAGUUGCUUGUUCUAAUGCUUUCAGAGAACUUUUAGACUGUUUACUGUGAAACAGGAAGUCCAAUUCUUUCCUCAGAUUUGGUCAUCAAAGAAAAAAAGUAUAGUGUCUGUUUUUGGUUUUUCAAUUUCAAUUGCAAAGUUGUAUCCCUUUUCCUUAUAAGAAAAACGAAGCAUGUUGAAGCCAUUCA